GUAGGAACUAAGGAAGAUCACUUAAAAAUCUUCUGCUUAUCUUUCAGUCUUCUUCCUUCCGAGCUCCUUCUCUGGAGGAGAUGCGUCUCUUGUUAUUCUUCUAAUGCUUAAAUCUUCUUGCCAACGAAUUUCACCGCCGAUCAGAUCUCAGAAGGGCCAUUAUUGGAAUUCAAUUCCAUGAUCUGAAUAUUUAGGGUUCUGGUUUCAAUUUUUCUACCGGAGGAUCGGUUCGACUAAUUGAGAAUGGCGUUGGCGGUAAUCGAGAGCUCCAUCUGGUUGCCGAAUAUUUCGCUCUUUGUCUUCAUUUUCGUUUGCUGUGUCUUCUCCAUUGGCCUGUUACCUAAAGCCUCCAAGAGUAGUCGAUCCGCUGGACCCUUGGACAAUGUCGGUUCUUCUUCCUCCUCCUCUGCUUUCCUCCGGUUCCAGCGCAAGUUUCUGCUCAUCUAUUCUCUAGCCUCAGUCAUGGAAGGGUUGUGGGCGGUGUUUGGAGAAUACGAAUUGUCAUUCCAUGGAGUCAGUAAGGAGCAGAUGGUGACGUCUCUGUGUGUCGGUUAUGUAGCUGCCCUGACUGUUGGUACUGGCUUGGGAAUGGUUUCUGAUUCAAUUAGUGGUCACAAGAAAGCCUGCUUGAUCUUUUGCACUCUGCAUCUCUUUGUUGGUUUGUGGAAGAAAAUUUCACCUCACCCAAGUCUCUGGAUGGCAAGCAUAUGUUUGUCCCUUGCUACCUCAAUAUUUUCCUUCAGUUUUGAGGCCAUGCUUGUGGUCGAAAAUGAGAAGCAAGGAUUCAGGCAAGACACUCUGAGCGACACUUUUUGGCUGAUGACUUUCUUCGAGUCUGUAUCAUUAAUUCUGAGCCAAGUGCUUGCCAAUUGGCUUCUCGGAAGUAAUGUGGGGAAAGGUAUGAUAUCUCCCUCAACUGCGGCCAUCUUUCUAUCAGUGAUGAGCAUCAUCUGUGUAGGCAAUGGCUGGAAGGAAACCCCAAAAGCUACAGCAACCAAAGAUUAUAAUGUGUCUUAUGCACAUAUUUUCAAAGACAAACGGAUAUGGCUCCUGGGAUUUGCACAUGCUUCCCUUCAUUUCUCCAUUGCUAUUUUUUGGAUUUUGUGGGCCCCGACUGUAGUGGCUGAUGGACGAGAAGCGCAUCUAGGUUUGGUUUAUCCUUGCUUGUUGGGUGCAAGAAUGUUGGGAAGCACAAUAUUCCCAUGGCUAUUGACCGGUCCUUCAUCUCUUCGUACCGAGGAUUGUCUCAUAUACGCAUAUAUCCUUCUGGGAAUCUCCUUCUCUGUAAUAGCGUAUGAUUACCAGGAAAUUGCAGUUUUGGUGUCCCUGUUUUGCUUAUUCCAUGCGGUUUUGGGUCUGAUCAUACCUUCUCUUGCAAGAUUGAGGACAAUGUAAGAUUUAACAAAUCUCUCGUCGGGCAUGUGCCGAACGAGUUACGUGGAGGGAUGAUCGCACUUUCGCUAGCUCCUGCAAAUGCAGGCAUACUUUUUUUGUUGGUGCAAAGAGGAUACUACCAGAGCAUUGAGAACUCGACAAUGAUUGCACUUGCAUCAGUUGGGCUCUUCACAUCAGCUGGUUGCAUGCAUCUGUUGAAGCAGUGGGGGAAGCAACCUUACCAGAACUGGCAUAAGAUGUGAUUCUUCUGGAUGCAUCGUUUUCUAUAUGCUGAAGGACUCGGAACCGAAGUGGGUAUGCUGCAGCUGCUGGCAUCUGGUCUCUUUGCAUUGCAAGGUGGUGAUAUCAAGAAGUGGAGAAAUGGAAUGUUGGAUAGCUCCAAUGCCGAGAAUGAUGGAGCAUACUGUUUUUCAGAACUCUCUUACUUUUCGAGGGAGCGACAGUUGAAUCAUGAGUGAACAAGUAGUGGGGGAUUUUCGUUCUUGUGUUUCUGCAGCUAUGAAGAAGGAACAUAGUGAAUGAAUCCAACAUAAACAGGUGCAUGGGAGUGGAUUCCACAAGAUACGGCCUGCUGAAGCUGUAACUUCGGGUUAGAUCAGGAGAUUUUUGUAAUUUAGUUUUCAACUUAUUUUUCAUGGUUGUGUGGAUCAUCUCUUCUGUUGAGAACUAGAGUUGCGGACGAUAGGAAUAGUUGCCAUAUUGAUUGUAUUUGUAUCUAUUAUUGCCUUUAGGAGCAAAGUUUUGAAUGAUUGCAUUGACUGGGGCCAAAUUUCGCUCCAUAACUUAAACAGAUGGGAUAAAAGAAGGAAAUAACUCUAUCCCAUGGCGAAGGUAAAUCUUUGCUUAACUGAUCAAGA